ACACAUCCUUCAGUCGGCAUUCUGCCCGAGUAAAACAAAGCGGAAAUAGCGCCACUGACGGACGGAAGUUUGUAUGUUCAAGAUGGCGCUGGACGGGAUCGAGCAAAUGGAUAUUGAGGACAGUAAAGGAGGAUCUGGUCUCCGACAGUAUUACCUGUCUAAAAUCGAGGAGCUUCAGUUGACAGUGAAUGAGAAAAGCCAAAAUCUCAGACGUCUUCAGGCUCAAAGGAACGAGUUAAAUGCCAAGGUGCGCCUCCUGCGUGAGGAGCUUCAGUUGCUGCAGGAGCAGGGGUCUUAUGUAGGAGAGGUGGUGAGAGCCAUGGACAAGAAGAAAGUGCUGGUCAAGGUGCAUCCUGAAGGAAAGUUUGUGGUGGAUGUGGAUAAGAACAUUGAUAUAAAUGAUGUAACUCCAAAUUGCCGUGUAGCACUUCGAAAUGACAGUUACACACUUCACAAAAUCCUGCCAAACAAAGUUGACCCACUCGUCUCGCUGAUGAUGGUUGAAAAAGUGCCAGAUUCGACGUAUGAGAUGAUCGGAGGGCUGGACAAACAGAUCAAAGAGAUCAAGGAAGUGAUCGAGCUUCCAGUCAAGCACCCAGAAUUGUUUGAGGCUCUAGGAAUUGCACAACCCAAGGGUGUGCUGCUGUAUGGACCUCCUGGAACAGGAAAGACCCUGCUAGCCAGAGCUGUGGCCCAUCACACCGACUGUACCUUCAUCAGGGUGUCUGGAUCAGAGCUGGUGCAGAAAUUCAUAGGAGAAGGAGCUCGUAUGGUGCGAGAGCUGUUCGUCAUGGCCAGGGAACACGCGCCCUCCAUCAUCUUCAUGGAUGAGAUCGACUCCAUCGGCUCAUCUCGGCUGGAGGGAGGAUCAGGAGGAGACAGUGAGGUGCAGAGAACUAUGCUGGAGCUCCUCAACCAGCUGGAUGGGUUCGAGGCCACCAAGAACAUCAAGGUUAUUAUGGCAACAAACCGUAUUGACAUUCUGGACUCUGCGCUUCUUCGACCAGGCCGCAUUGACAGGAAGAUUGAAUUUCCCCCUCCCAAUGAAGAGGCCCGUUUGGACAUUCUGAAGAUCCACUCACGGAAGAUGAACCUGACGCGUGGUAUUAACCUGCGCAAGAUUGCCGAGUUGAUGCCAGGAGCGUCUGGUGCUGAGGUCAAGGGUGUCUGCACAGAGGCAGGGAUGUAUGCCCUGAGAGAGAGGAGAGUCCACGUUACCCAAGAAGAUUUCGAAAUGGCAGUAGCAAAGGUACUAAAAUCAUUUUCUUAUUUGUGACCCUGGACCAGC